GCGUGGCUCAGUCAGUGGCGGCCGGCUGGCGCGCUGGCGGCCAGAGUUCCCGCCUCGGUGCCGCUCUUUCCCGCGCUUCCUGCCAGGGCGGCCAAUUGACGGACCGCCGACCGGGAGGGACCGGCAGCAGCUGUUAAACACCACACGUCCUCGGCGCGGCAGGCGGCGAGGUUCCCGACGACGGUUAUCUCUGGCAAGCCACCGGCUCACCGCUUACAUCGCAAAACUUUGAACCCACUCCAACCCACCGACAGCGCAGAACUAGUGUCACACCAUUUCCUCCGACUGCUGCUUGUCAAGAAGGAAUCUGUCCCUGUCGCAGCCAUGGCGCUCGCGGCGUUGGUGUUGGUCGCGGCGGUGCUGGCCGUGACCGUGUACCUGCUGCUGAACAAGCGCCGGUUCCAACUCACCGCCAAGUUCCCCCAGCCCCUGCUGUGGCUGCCGGGCAUCGGCGGGCUCGCCGACACCAUCUACCACUACGGCCUCUCCGGGAUGGCGUGGUGCUUCGGGUACUACAAGCGCUUCGGCCCGGUCUGGGGCAUGUGGAUCGGCCCCGAGUUCUUCGUGAUCACGGCGGUCGCCGAGGACAUCGAGGCCAUCGUGACGAGCCCCGCCGUCAUCGACAAGGGCAAGAACUACGCCCUGAUUUGGCCCUGGCUCGGUGACGGCCUGCUUCUUCUCGGAGCCAAGAAGUGGCACGCGCGCCGGAAGCAGCUCACCCCGACCUUCCACUUCCGCAUCCUGGAGCAGUUCAUGGACGUGUUCACCGAGAAGGGCGUCGUCCUGGAGGGCCUGGUGGACGGCCUGGUGGGCAAGGGCGUGGUGGACCUGCGGCCCUACAUCUCGCGACACGCCCUCGACGUCAUCUGCGAAACGACCAUGGGAACCCAACUAAAUUGCCAGCUUCAGGAGGACUCGGGAUUCGUGCAGGCAGUCAAAGUGGCCUGCAAAGCGGUGGACGAUCGCCACGCCUACCCGUGGCUCAGGAACGACGCCCUGUUCCGGAUGACCCGAAUAGCGAAGGAAUUCUACGGCGCCCUGGACAUCAUCCACGGCGUCACCAAGAAGGUAAUCGCAGACCGAAAAUCCGACCUCACGAAGGAAAUGAAGGAGGGCGUCCUCGACGCGGACAACAACGACGAAAUACUAGGGACAAAGAAACGAAAGAUGUUCAUCGACCACCUGCUCACCAUGCACCUCCAAGGGGAGGACCUGUCCGAGAAGGACAUCUUCGACGAGGUCAACACGUUCAUGUUCGAGGGACACGACACGACCAUGACGUCGGUCUGCUUCACGCUCUUCCUCCUCGCGACGCACCCCGAGGUGCAGGACCGCGUGGCCGAGGAGGCUCGCAGUGUAGGUGGCACGAGCACGUCGGCGCAGCUCGGCGAGCUCAAGUACUUGGAGGCCGUCAUCAAAGAGUCGCUCCGGCUCUACCCGAGCGUGCCCUUGUACAGCCGCCACGCCCACGACGAGUUCAAGCUGCCCAGCGGCUACACCGUCCCCGCCGGCGCUACCCUCCUGAUCAACGCCUACCUGAUGCACCACCGCGAGGAGUACUUCAAGGACCCCUCCGCGUUCAAGCCCGAGCGCUUCCUGUCAGGGAGCAGCGAGGAGAGCUCGCGCCACCACUUCAGCUACGUCCCGUUCAGCGCGGGAUACAGGAACUGCAUCGGUCAGCGGUUCGCCAUGCUGUCCAUGAAAGCCACGCUGGCCCGUCUGGUGAGCAAGUUCCGAUUCCUUCCGGACAGCGCCGACCCCAAGCUGGACCUCGACGUGCAGGUCGUCCUCGUCAGCAAGUCGGGCCUGCCUCUUGUCGUGGAGCGCCGCGACUGAAACCACCGCCAUUAAGUCGUCGAUGUAAAACAUUUUACUGUAAAUACAUUUAUUUUUUCAUGCA